GCUCAACUUGGGAUAGUUACCAUAACUCAUCCUACAUCAAUCAUCCAUCCCAUUAACUUACCUAUCAAUCUAUGCAUACUUAAAAAGUGACCUGUUAAAACAAAAUUCCCUCGCACCUACAGCAGCAAUGACCAGCAUCGACAAUGAUGCCAUAUUGGACGAACUCACAACCAUAAACUCCAUAUACGAAGAAGGCACCUUAACACCCAUCUCCACCAACAAUGAACCCUCACUACUCUUCAGUCUGCGACUACCCUCUCUCCCAUCCGUCACAUUACGCCUGGAAUUCCCCCCGGACUACCCAGACGCACCGCCAUCAAUCCUAGGCACGCAAUCCGUAGGCGACGACCUACCAAAAGGCGUCGGCAAGCAAGUCGUCGACGUCGUAAGAGACGUCCUAGCAGCGACAUACCGGCCCGGCGAGGCAUGUAUAUUCGAUCUCCUCGAAGAAGUCCGCGAAGCAAUUGAGAAAGCAGAAGAGCAAGGAACAUUGCACCUACACGACGAACCAGCAGCAGCACAGCAUGGCGCCGACGACACAUCAAACAUCAGCACAUCAACCCCCUUCCAAAGCGAAGACCUAGGCCCCGAACCCCCCUGGACAAUCGCCCUCCCCAUCACCGAGAAAAAAUCCAUCUUCCUAGCACGCGUCGCCCCCGUCUCCUCACCCGCCCAAGCAAAGUCCUACGUCCACCACCUGCUGUCCACAGACAAGAAGGCCGCGCGCGCAACGCACAACAUGACAGCCUGGAGGAUCCGCGGCCCCAACGACACGAGCUACCAGGACUGCGACGACGACGGGGAGACGGCGGCGGGGGGUCGCAUGCUGCAUCUGAUGCAGUUGAUGGAUGUGUGGGACGUCAUGGUGGUGGUGACGAGGUGGUAUGGGGGUGUGCAGUUGGGGCCGGAUCGGUUUAGGAUUAUUAAUUCGGCGGCGAGGGAGGCGUUAAUUUUGGGGGGUUUCGCUGGGAAGGAUGGGGAGGGGAAGAAGAAGAAGAAAUGAUGUUUGGGGUUUAUGUUGGGGGUUUUGGCCAACUAGAGGUUUUAUCUUUUGUUAUACAGUUGUGGCAUCAGGAGUUGUAUCGACUCAGGACUUGCUCGUUGCAAGACGUCCAAUUCGUAGAGAGGAUUCACACAUUCAGAUCUAGUUUGCAGUCGACAGCUCGUCGAGCCUGUCGAUGAGACUGUGUAUCUCUUCCUCCUGCAAGCGUGUUUCCUCCACAUCCACCGGCCUUCGAAUCCCCCUAUACUUCC